GGCGGGGCUGGAGCGCGGGCAGAGCAGAGGCCGCAGCGAGGGACAGCGGGAGCGGGCCGGGCCGGGCUGCAUGGCGCCAGCGACGUCUUCCUGAGCGGCGCGGGCAGCGACGGGAGGCGGGCGGAUCGGGCCGCGGCUCUUCCUCGCCAUGGGGGACGUGCUGUCCACGCACCUGGACGACGCCCGGCGCCAGCACAUCGCAGAGAGAACCGGGAAGAUCCUGACGGAGUUCCUCCGCUUUUAUGAGGACCAGUAUGGCGUGGCCCUGUUCAACAGCAUGCGCCACGAGAUCGAGGGCACAGGGCUGCCACAGGCCCAGCUGCUCUGGCGCAAGGUGCCGUUGGAUGAGCGCAUCAUCUUCUCGGGGAACCUCUUCCAGUACCAGGAGGACAACAAGAAGUGGAGGAACCGCUUCAGUCUCGUGCCUCACAACUACGGGCUGGUGCUGUACGAGAACAAAGUGGCCUACGAGCGGCAGGUUCCACCCCGGGCUAUCAUCAACAGUGCCGGCUACAAAAUCCUCACCUCCGUGGACCAGUACCUGGAGCUCGUUGGCAACUCCUUACCAGGGACCUCGUCAAAAUCGGGCACGGCCCCCAUCCUCAAGUGCCCCACGCAGUUCCCGCUCAUCCUCUGGCACCCUUCUGCCCGGCACUACUACUUCUGCAUGAUGACGGAAGCAGAGCAGGACAAGUGGCAGGCGGUCCUGCAGGACUGCAUCCGGCACUGCAACAAUGGGAUCCCGGAGGACUCUAAGGUAGAGGGCCCCGCAUUCACGGAUGCCAUCCGCAUGUACCGCCAGUCGAAGGAGCUGUACGGCACCUGGGAGAUGCUGUGUGGGAAUGAGGUGCAGAUCCUGAGCAACCUGGUGAUGGAGGAGCUGGGCCCUGAGCUGAAGGCAGAGCUCGCCCCACGGCUGAAGGGGAAACCACAGGAGCGACAGCGCCAGUGGAUCCAGAUCUCCGACGCUGUGUACCGCAUGGUAUACGAGCAGGCCAAGGCACGUUUCGAGGCGGUGCUGGCCAAGCUGCAGCUGGCCCGGCCAGCCAUGGAGGCCACCAUCCGCACGGACAUGGACCAGAUCAUCACCUCCAAGGAGCACCUGGCCAGCAAGAUCAGAGCCUUCAUCCUCCCCAAGGCAGAGGUGUGCGUCCGGAACCACGUCCAGCCCUACAUCCCGUCCAUCCUGGAGGCCCUGAUGGUGCCCACCAGCCAGGGCUUCACCGAAGUGCGGGACGUCUUCUUCAAGGAGGUCACCGACAUGAACCUGAACGUCAUCAACGAGGGCGGCGCCGACAAGCUGGGUGAGUACAUGGAGAAGCUGUCGCAGCUGGCGUACCACCCCCUCAAGAUGCAGAGCUGCUACGAGAAGAUGGAGCCGCUGCGGCUGGACGGGCUGCAGCAGCGCUUCGACGUGUCCAGCACAGCCGUGUUCAAGCAGCGGGCCCAGAUCCACAUGCGAGAGCAAAUGGACAAUGCCGUGUACACCUUUGAGACCCUCCUGCACCAGGAGCUGGGGAAGGGGCCCACCAAGGAGGAGCUGUGCAAGUCGAUCCAGCGGAUCCUGGAGCGGGUGCUGAAGAAAUACGACUAUGACAGCAGCUCGGUGCGGAAGCGGUUCUUUCGGGAGGCGCUACUGCAGAUCACCAUCCCGUUCCUGCUCAAGAAGCUGGCGCCCACGUGCAAGUCGGAGCUGCCCCGGUUCCAGGAGCUGAUCUUCGAGGACUUCGCCAGGUUCAUCCUGGUGGAGAACACGUACGAGGAGGUGGUGCUGCAGACGGUCAUGAAGGACAUCCUGCAGGCCGUGAAGGAGGCCGCCGUGCAGAGGAAGCACAACCUCUACCGGGACAGCAUGGUCAUGCACAACAGCGACCCCAACUUGCACCUGCUGGCCGAGGGCGCGCCCAUCGACUGGGGUGAGGAGUACGGUGGCAGCGUGGGGGACAGUGGCAGCCCCAGCGUCCCAGAAGCAGCCACUCAUUCGGAAAAGCGACGGCGUGCCAAGCAGGUGGUGUCUGUGGUCCAGGACGAGGAGGCAGAGCUGCCGUUCGAGGCUGGCUCUGAGCCACUAUCACCUGCGUCCCCGGACAGUGUCACCGAGCUCCGGGGCCUGCUGGCCCAGGAUCUGCGGGCUGAGAGCCCCCCGCCGGCCGGCCCUCUGCUCAAUGGGGCCCCAUCUCAGGAGAGCCCCCAACCCACGGCAGCCCCUGAGGCCUCGUCGCCGCCUGCCUCACCCCUCCGGCAACCCCCUCCUGGAAAGGCUGUGGACCUUGAGCUUCCCAAACCCAGUGACCAGGAGACCGGGGAGCAGGUAUCCAGCCCUGGUGGCCGCCCCCCCAUCCACACCACCACCGAGGACAGCGCAGGGGUGCAGACGGAGUUCUAGGCUCCUCCCCUGAGCUCCUGCUGGACAUGGGACAUGGGCCACCCCCUCUGAGACACUGGCAGGCUUGGCUCCAGGUGGGGAGCCCCGGAUCUAGGCCUCGGGGUGGAGGGAGGGAAGGGCUGUUGCCCUUGUGGGGCGGGGGUGGCCCACCUGAGUCACUUUACUGGGUUCAGUCACACUUUGCUCCCUGUUUUCUCUUCUGUGGGAUGAUCUCGGGCUUCCUGCUUGUGCUGGGAGGUGGGCACAGCUGAGGGGGCUGAGGUGGCCGCUGAGUCCCUGGGUCCUCCCUUCCUGCCUUCUGGGGCCACCACGGGUCUCACCCUCCUCCUCAGAAAGACGGAUAUCGAGUUCUUGUUCGCCGUGUUACUUGCCCACUGAAUUCUCUCCCUUCUCGCCAGUGGAGGGCGGCUCAUUGGAACCAGGAAUAGGCAGCUUUGAGGCCCAGCUCUGGGUCCAGACCACCGUCAUUCUCCAUCCUGGCUGGGCCUCCAGAGGCCAGUUUUUGGAGUGACACUGGCCUCGCUUUCCCUGCCCUGGGUGAGGGGAGGUGCACGGAGGGGGCUUCAGGCUGGGGAUGCUGGGUUGGGGGGAUGCCUCGUGGAGAAGGGGCGAGGGGCCGGGAUUGGAAUGAGAAAGGCCCAGGAUGUGCUGGUCUGUGGAGAGGAAGUGUUCCAGAGAGGAGAGGUGGGCUGCUGGGGAGGUGUUGCCGGGAGUGGCCCCAGCGCAGGCGGAGGCGGCCGCGGGAAGGGCUCUGGAAGCUGGAGCAGGCUUUGCCUCCCCCUGCCCCUCCAGUGGAGACACACUCCAGGCUGGGACGGAGGGGUGACAGGCCACUCAGAGGUGGGGUUUGGGGGGUGUGGGUUCUGUCUCCUGAGGGCCACCCCCAAGGUACGCACUGUCCACCAGGGGAGCUGGGUACGGCUCCCCAAGGCACCACUGGUGGCCCCUGAGGAUGUGGGGUCAGGCUGUGGCUCGGCCUCUGCUGCCUUCGAGUCACCGAGUCAUCUCACCCUGAAAGAUUACCUUCUCAGAUGGCCUCCUCCCUCAGCGCCUUAUCUGGGGGCUAGUGGGUGAAGGUCGAGUGAGACAGCCCCAACCUGGCAGCCCCAACCCCAAGGCCCGGGACCCCCUGGCUUCCCCAGUCCCCUCCGACCCCUUGGUCUGCUUCCCGGGGCAGGGGCCUCAGGCCCCCAGGACGUGCGGCGGUGGCUGGUGCUCAGGGACCCCCCGGUCCCCCAGCCUUCAUCUCAGAUGCCUCACUAACCUUCUACCACCACAGUCCGUAUUCUGAGCUCUCCUCUAGUGCCUUCUCUUGGGGGUUUUUUCACUCAUCCUUCCCAGAUAUCAUACUGAAAAUAUUAUGCAAACUGUUUAAGCUUUACUAAUCAAUAAACGAUUUAAAGCCA